CGGAGGGGCUCGGGGAUGGAGCUGGCGCUGGUGCUGGCGCUGGCGCUGGGCGCGGCGCGCGCUCUCUCCACGUGCCGCUCGCUGGACCUGGAGGCCGCGCGCCGGAAGCGGAUCGAGGCCGUGCGGGGCCAAAUCCUGAGCAAACUGCGCAUGAGCGCCCCUCCCCCACCCCCUCCCCCCCCCUCCCCCUCCCCCUCCCCCCACCCCUCCCCCCCCCCCCCCCACCCCCCCCCGUCGGAGCCGUCGCUGCCUGAUGACGUCCGCGCGCUCUACAACAGCACGUGGGAGCUGCUGCAGCAGCAGCAGAGGGAGAGGUGGGCGCCCCCUGCCGGCCCGGAGGACUACUACGCCAAGGAGCUGCAUCGCUUCCCUAUGGAGCCCCCGGGAGAGGCUUCAACGCCUCGCGCGUGGGCAAUGGAACAGAGCUGGGCAAUGGAACAGUCCUGGGCGCUGCUGCACCGCGCCGAACUGCGCAUGCUCCGCCAGAGGGCGCCCGAGGGCGGCGACCAACAGCGCCUGGAGCUCUAUCAGGGCUUUGGCAACGCCUCCUGGCGGUACCUGCAGGGCCGCUGGGUGCGGGCGGCCCCCGACGAGGAGUGGGUCUGGUUCGACGUCACCGAGGCCGUGCAGCAGUGGCUGGGGGGCAAUGACCCCAUAGGCACGUUCAAACUGAGCGUCCAUUGCCCCUGCGACGAGCCGGGCCCGCCCCCCCCCAUGCGCUUCACCUUCGAAGGGUUCGAGCAGCAGCGCGGGGACAUGCAGGGCAUCGCGCGCAAGCACCAGCGCGCCCCCUACGUGCUGGCGAUGGUACUGCCCCAGGAGCGCGGCAACGACCUGCGCAGCGCCCGGCGCCGCCGCGGCAUCGACCCCCCCUUCUGCUUCGGCCCGGAGGAGCAGAGCUGCUGCCUUCGCCCCCUCUACAUCGACUUCCGACGGGACCUGCACUGGCGCUGGAUCCACGAGCCCCCCGGCUACAUGGCCAACUUCUGUGGGGGGGGCUGCCCCUACCUCUGGAGCGCCGACACGCAGUACUCCAAGGUGCUGGCCCUGUACACGCAGCACAACCCGGGGGGCUCGGCCGCCCCCUGCUGCGUGCCCCAGAGCCUGGAGCCGCUCCCCAUCGUUUAUUAUGUGGGGCGCAAGGCGCGCGUGGAGCAGCUCUCGGACAUGGUGGUGCGGGCCUGCAAGUGCAGCUGAGACGGAGCCAAAACCGCCCGAAACGGACCCAAAACGGAGCCAAAACCGCCCGAAACGGACCCAAAACGGAGC